AUGGUCACAAAGCAGCUUGGCCACUGCUGGCAGCACAAAGAACAGUGGUACAGGUUGCUGGGUUUAAUUCCUGAUGGCUGUAGCAAGAUUGAUGUUAAAAUGUCUGAACACGGGAAGAAAAACACAGAGCUCCUCCUUGUGCCAAAGAAAACCAGAUCAUCCAGGGCUGGUCUGCAGUUCCCCGUGGGUCGUGUCUACAGGCUCCUUAAAAGAGGGAACUACGCUAAGAGGAUCGGUCUUGGUGCUGCCAUCUACUUGGUUGCUGUGCUGGAGUACCUGAGCAUGGAGAUCCUGGAGCUGGCAGGGGACACUGCACGAGAAAACAAGAAAGCCAGGAUUGGGCCCAGGCAUAUCCAGCUGGCCGUGAGAAAUGAUGAUGAGCUGAACAAGCUCUUGUCCUGUGUGACCAUUGCUCAAGGAGGGGUGUUACCUAAUGUUCUUCCUGAACUUCUUCCUAAGAAGACCAUCUUGCUUAAACCAUCCCACAGAUAUGUCCAGUCACAGGAGUUCUAG